GUUUUUGGUGUACAGAGAAGGACGUUGAGUGACGGAUACAGACUGUUGACAAGGAUUGACAUUUCUGACGGAACACAAAAGCUACAUACAGAUUUUCUUUUGGCGCAACAACUCCCCCUAGCAAAAUGGCCUGCGCCGCUGCUUGCUCUGUGGUGCCCCACAAGUUCAAGGGCGAUUCGUCGGAGCUGGUGGACCGCCUUAUUGCGGUGUCUCAGGCGCGCCCGGCCAUGGCCGAGCCGAUGAAGGUCCGCGAGCUGACACCCUUUGAUUUCGCGGAUGCGCCCCCGCUGCCGCUGGCGCCCAAGGCCAACCGACCCUCGCCUCCCAAGCGCUCGCCGCGGACCUCGCCGCCCAAGCAGCAGAAGGCGGCCUCGGGCCAGCGCGUGAAGGCGACGGCUUCGCCCAACUCCUGCUCGUCUCCCUCGCGCGGUUCUCUCGACGGUCGCGCGGUCAUGGCGAAGCCUUCUGCGAACCAGGCCAAGUUCCAGUCCCUGGACGACGACCUGGCCAAGGUGCUGCGGAAUGUUCCCUGCAUGCGCUCGGCCGCUCCCCGCGCAUGCCCUGGCUUCUUCGCAAGCCCGAGCCCCGACGUUGUUCCCAUGCCCACGAGCCUGCUCAUGGGCCGGGCGCUCGUCAAGGCCUAAACUCGAGAACGAGGCGAGCAUCGAGGGAAUCCUACGGACUUCCUCUCAGCCGGCCGCAGCGCUGCGGCUGCGGCCGGGCAACAACUAUAGUCUGAAUGCGCAUAGUCAAUCUCGCAACCUCUCACGCGCUGGUUUCUGAUGACCAACAAGCUGUGCCCGAUGAUGCUCCGACUUCGCGGGCUGCGGGCUUGGCGCCCAAGGGCGAUCAAGUUCGCAACAAUGACCAACAACAGCUUAAGCUUCUUCUUCCUGGCCUUCAGCUCAGCGCCCGGUGGCUGGGGCGACGGACUCGGUCAGCAAGCUCGGGCAGGCUGCUGCCCCCCUCAUCGGUGGCGCAGCUACCGGCAAGACUGACAACUGCAACGCUGCGGUCCGUCCCCAACAUCACCAAUGCGAGAAAUCUGCGCGACUAAGUAGGUAGAAGCUGCAGAAUGCAGCGCUGCGUAUGCAUGAGGCGCAACUGGCAUGUACUCAGGCGGGGCCUGCAACAAAGGCUUGCGCGAGCUGAUGUCACACGUGCCUGUAGGCGUGGCGUUUCGGGUUUGCUAUGUUUGCAUGAUCUGGCGUGUGUCCUCACCACAGGGUGAAUUGUAUAUACUUCCGUUGAAGUGCGGUACUGUGUGGUGUGCGUGUCUGCCCCACAUUGUAUUGCACAAACACGGAAGGAGCAGUGUUUGACUCACUCAUGUGUGCGCAUCAGUUGGCGUAGAAUGCUGCAAUUUUCAAGUCGCUGAACGUGUGGGGGUUAUUACGCUGGCCUUGCGGAGGAUCCUCCCUUGCGGAGGGCCCUCCAAACUCCAAACGCUUUCCACGGCAGCGCUCAUGUGCGCCACCGUGCUGAGGCAAGCGUGUGCCCCCCGCGACACCGUCAGCAACUGGCAAAGACCUCUUCCAUUGAUGUGUCGCUGAAUUAAUAUUUUCUAUGACCGCACGCGUACACGCUGCGCAGCUAGGAGUUUGUCUAACGCGUGUGUGCCUGUGCGCGUGCUUGGCUGUGGGGUCGUCCAGUACUAAGUGCGCCCACGUGCGUGCAUAGCCUUGCGUCUCAUCCCGCAGUGAGCAUAUGAUUGUGACUGACGGUUUGGUGACACCAACAACAAGACAAAUUGACCUGACCAGUGCGCGUCUGUCCUGCAGUGUCCUGUUGGUGGUUGGUGCAACUCGAGUCGGAGUCAGUGGAAAUGGGAUGGGAUACUUGGUGAGAGCGUGGCAAGGCUCGUGCGUGCCAUGCGCGAGUGUGUGUUUUGUUUAUCGGUGAUGUGCGUCGUGGGGCUCUGUUAACCCCCCUUCAGAUUUUUUUUGAAGAUGUCUGGACGGGUGGCGUUGACAGUCCUCAGGAGCGAGCUCGGCGGCUGGGCCAGACGCGCUUAGUGCAGUGUGGUCAUGCGAAAUGCGAACAUAAAGUCCGUCCGGAGAUUCACCCGGCGAACGAACCAUGGACCCUGGACCAUGCAUUUUACGGGUAGAUGGGUAGGCAUUCAGUACUGUCGCAGCGCUUACAGGUCUAGAUGGGAGUAGCCCCGCGAUGCAAGGACAGGAGCAUCUGGCUGGACGUGGAAAUGACGAGGUGUGUUGGGGGAUGACUCCAUACCAUAGGUUGGCGCAGGCUGGCGUGUCUGUACUAUGUCGUGAUUCAAGAUGGUGUGCCGCUGAGCGGAAUGGGCACAGGAUGCAGGGAAACGGAUAGUGCGGUGCACGGGCAGAAUUGGUGGUCUGCAUCACGCGUUGACUAGGACGCGAGACGCGGGAUAGGAUGGUCGCUAAGAUGUGUACGAGUAGGCCUGGACGGGGGCACACGACGGCGCAGGUCUCUCCGCCGUGCGACACAAUGCGCGGUGGGAGGCGAUGCGGAGGACAUUGGCACACGCGCCAGCACAUACGCACAUAUACGGAUGUGCUUGCGGUGCGUUCAAUGAGGAUGACAGGGUAUUGUGGGGGUUGCAGAACCCAAUUCUUUUCUGCCGACGUAUGCAGCUCGCGCCCCUAAGCGCUCGGGUGUUGUCACUCACCAUGUGAGCGGGCACGCCUGGACGUGGCACGAUGGUAGCUGCUUGACUUGGCAUUGUGUGUGUGCGAUUGUCGUGAAGACUUGAAGACAGGAGUGGAGUGAUGGGUUUGAUGCGAGGUAUGCAAGAGUGAAGUUCGCAGAUGGCGGGCGCCGGAUGUGGGCCCCUUGGUGGACAGAGGAUGGAGGCAAUGCCCCGGCCGAAGGCUUCUGGGACACGCAGUUCCACUUUGCCGAAGGUUGGACGAUUGCAGGGAUGCUGCUGCUGGAGACGAGGUGGCUGCGAAGGUAGAAGGGCGGACAAGGGAACAAAUAAAUAGAAGUUGCGACAUACGGUUUGAAUAGUUGCACCGCGAGCCGACUCCGGUGUUCACCAUGGUAGGUACCUUUCGAUGGGGUACGCAUUUCAGUGGCUGAAACACCUGGCGCUGACGCGGGUGCGGGCUUUAGAGGACAGGUGUCGAUGCCUGGGCCUGAUGCCCAAUUGCAGUAGUGCAGGCUGGCAGAAGCCUCGCAAUGUUGGAGCCUCUUUAAUACUGUUGGAUA